AUGGAGGCCACAGCGGAGGGGCUCGCCAAAGCCGCUGCGACUCGGGAAGCUCUGAAGAAGAAAAAGAGGGAGUUGGAACUGAUCGAAGAUGGGCCCCCAUCCAAGAAGCCAACGGGUGCAGCACCAUCUGCCGUGUGCACGCAUGAGGUAGCUUGCCCAAAGGGCUUUGACCCCAGCAGCAUCACCCUCGACCCUGAGCUCUAUGGAACAUUGGAGGACCCGCAGUGGAAGGGGAAGCCCGCCAAGGAGUACCCCUUUGUCCUGGACUCUUUCCAAGCCAAGGCGGUGGCCUGCGUGGAGCGCAAGGAGAAUGUGCUGGUGGCCGCCCACACCUCUGCCGGGAAGACGGCGAUCGCAGAGUACGCCAUCGCCAAGGCCUUCGCCAUGGGCCAGCGCGUUUUCUACACCUCCCCCAUCAAGGCACUGAGCAACCAGAAGUUCCGCGAGCUGUCGGAGGAGUUUGGCGACGUGGGCCUGAUGACAGGGGACGUUUCCAUCAAUCCCAACGCCGCCUGCAUUGUCAUGACCACGGAGAUCCUGCGCUCCAUGAUCUACAGGGGCUCCGAGCUGCUGCGCGAGACGGCGUGGAUCGUGUUUGAUGAGGUUCACUACAUGCAGGACCGGGAGCGCGGCGUGAUCUGGGAGGAGACGAUCAUCUUUGCGCCCAAGGAUGCGCGCAUGGUCUUCCUCUCCGCCACGCUUUCCAACGCCACUGAGUUUGCCGACUGGGUGGCCUCGGUGCACCAGUCCCCCUGCCACGUGGUGUACACCGAGUUCCGACCCACCCCCCUGCGCCACUUUGCAUUUCCCUCGGGCGGGGACGGGCUGUAUCUGGUGAUGAACGAAUUUGGCGAGUUCCGAGACGACAACUUCCAGAAGCUUCAAAAGGUGCUGGGCAAGGGCGGCGACGGCGGGCAGGAGGGCAAGGGCAAGAGGGGCGGCGGCGGCGGCGGCGGGAAGCCCACCGGCGCCUCGGCGGCACAAGACCUCCGCAAGAUUGUGAUGCUGAUCAAGGAGCGAAAGCUGGACCCCGUCAUCGUCUUCAGCUUCAGCCGCAGGGAGUGCGAAUCCAAUGCCAUGCUGAUGGCCAAGGCCGACCUGGGAGCCCUGGACUUCAAUACCCAGGAAGAAAAGGAGACGGUGGAUGCGGUGUUCCAAUCCGCCCUCCAGUGCCUGUCCGAGAAGGACCGGGACCUGAGGGCGGUGGCGCACAUCUACCCCCUGCUGCGCUGCGGCAUCGGCAUCCACCACUCCGGCCUGCUGCCCAUCAUCAAGGAGGUGGUGGAGAUCCUGUUCCAGGAGCAGCUGAUCAAGUGCCUGUUUGCCACCGAGACCUUUGCCAUGGGCCUCAACAUGCCUGCCCGCACGGUGGUCUUCACGGCGAUGCGAAAGUGGGACGGGCAGGAGGAGCGGUGGAUGGGGAGCGGGGAGUACAUUCAGAUGAGCGGCCGCGCGGGGCGGCGAGGAAAGGACGACCGCGGGAUGACCAUCAUGAUGAUGAACAACAGCAUGGACGAGGCCACGUGCAAGGCCAUCAUCAAGGGCAAGGCCAACCCGCUGCUCUCCUCCUUCCGCCUGUCCUAUUACACCCUGCUCAACCUGAUGCGGCGGGUGGAGGGCAGCGGGGCCAGCAUGGAGUAUGUCAUCCAGCACUCCUUCUCCCAGUUUCAGCACGAGAAGGAGCUGCCAGCGCUGGAGGCCCGGCUGGAGGAGGUUCAGGCGGCAGUGGCGGCCAUCGGGGACGCGGGGGAGGAGACGGCGGCGGAGUACACCAGGCUCAAGACGCGGCUGGCGGAGCUGGAAAGCACGCUCGCUGCGGAGGUCAGGAAGCCGGAGCGGUGCCUGCACUACCUGAGGCCGGGCCGCCUCGUCCGCGUGGUCCAGGAGGGUGUGGACUGGGGCUGGGGCGUGGUGGUCAGCGCGAUGCGGGAGGAGCGUGGCAACGCCCCGCCCGCCGCCGCGCCUGCCUACCACAUGGACACGCUGCUGUGCUGCGCCGGGGUCGUGGGCGGCGAGCCCACCCCGGCCCUGCUCGACGACGAGCGGGGCAGCAUGGAGGUGAUCCCGGUGCCCCUAGGCCUGCUGCACGCGCUGAGCACGCUGCGCAUCAGCAUCCCGCAGGACCUGCGCCCGCCGGAGGCGCGCCGCGCCGUGCUGCAGACGCUGAAGGCGCUGCGCGGAAGGUACCCCGGCGGCGCCCUGCCUCUCCUUCACCCCGUCGACGACAUGGGCAUCGAGGACACUGGCGUGGCGGCCGCUGCCGCCGAGCGCGAGGAGGUUGCCGCCGCGUUGACGGCCAACCCCAUCUCUAAGGCGGAGCGCGGGGAGGGCGAGGCCUCGCUGAUGGCUCCCCUGCGCGAGAAGGCGCGGCUGAUGGCUGAGGCCGAGUCGCUGGCGGCACGCAUGCGAGCCUCACAGCUGACCAGCUUCCGGGACGAAGCGCGUCACCGCGGCGCGGUCCUGCGCAAGCUGGGCUAUGUGGACGGGGAGGGAGUGGUGACGCUCAAGGGGCGCGUGGCCUGUGAGAUCAACACCGCCGAUGAGCUGCUGGCAACGGAACUGAUGCUGAACGGCACCUUCAAUGCCCUGGAUCGGCACCAGCUGGUGGCCAUGGUGUCCUGCCUGGUGCAGGUGGAGAAGAGCAACGAGCAGAUCCGGCUGAAGGAGAGCCUGGCGCGGCCGCUGCAGGCGCUGCAAGACGCCGCGCGGCGCAUUGCCGAGGUGUCGGUGGAGUGCAGGCUGGAGGUGAAGGUGGACGAGUACGUGGAGUCAUUUUGGCCCUUCCUCAUGGACGUUAUCUACGCCUGGUCCAAGGGCGCAUCCUUUGCUGAGAUCUGCGAGAUGACAGACCUGUUUGAGGGCAGCAUCGUCAGGGCAACGAGGCGGCUGGAUGAGCUGAUGAGCGAGCUGGAGCGGGCCGCGCUGGCGGUGGGCGACGCAGGACUGGCCGCCAAGAUCGCCGAGUCGCGGGACACCAUCCGACGAGACAUCAUGUUUGCUGCCUCCCUGUAUAUUUGA